AUGUCACAAACAACGCUUAGUGGGAGGUACGGCAUUGGUAGAAAUGAAAGAAAUCAAUUGGGCUCAACGUCCUGGUCUCCCUCAGGAGUAUUGUUUAGAUCGAAUGAUUCACAACAUGUACCAUUGAAAAAAGGAAAUACUCUUUCAUCAAAGAAGGGUAACUUGCCUUCUGCACAUAAGACGAAAUUAAAAAAAAGAAAGCCGACGUAUGCAACAUAUUUUCACAAGGUGUUCAAGAUCCGAAUGAGAUACUAUUACAGGCUUUCGCUUCUUCUUUCAAUACUUCUUUCUAUUCUCAUUGCAUUACCCUAUGGAGGAAAUAUUUUCAUGCUACCAGUAAAAAUUAUGAUACUAUGGGCUUCAUUUUGUUUGCUCAAAAUUGCAAGGGAUGCCACAAUCAGGGUUUCUUUAUCAGGCGCAUCUUCGGAGUUUCAACACAUUGUUUCAUGUCUUUUUUCUACACACUUCCUCAUCGUUUUUGGCUGUUAUGCAGUUGCCACAGGUAGCAUCUUCCUCAUUAUCUAUAAUCAAUCUUCGGCGUACCUAAAUUACAGCAUAUCAUCUCCUACAAAAACGGUCAAACCAUUCCUCAAUGAUAGUUUCAUGUUUUUCUGGUAUUUCUCCAUGUUUGUUUCGUCAUUCUACUCUUUACAGUUUAUCAUUUUUGAAAAGAACAUGCUACCUUUCAAGAUUGGUGUUUAUAGAUGCGACCCAACCGACUAUUUGAAGAAUAUUAAAUGGAGUUCCUUGCUUAAAGAGGCUACAGCUAUAGCCGGUUGCAUUGCGAUAUUUGCGGCACCAGUCUACUUCUGGUUUAGAAGGCUCAUAUUCAAUGUUUUCUUUUCUGGAUUAGUGUACGGUACAAACUUAAACAGUCAAAUUCCGGCAAUCAGGUUUUCCAUAAUUUACUAUUUAUGGCUUUGCAUUUUGAGCUUUGCAAUUGUUUUUACAUACGAGUUAUUGAACCGAAUCUACAAUGCAUAUGCCAUGGUCGGAUGUCUUAUAGUCAAAAAGCCUAUAAGUUCAUAUGGCGAUAAUCAAUUUGAUGUUCUCACAACUGGAAUCACAGACUAUGAGUAUCCAUUAGUCAGAUUGACCGCUUACCAAGAACUAGUUUACAGAUCCCUCUGCACGAAUAUAAGCGAGAGAAGAUGCUUAUAUGAGGACUCUCGGUGGUUACUUGUUCUUAACGAGGCCGCUAAGCUUAUAAGAUCGAACUCUAAGGUCAUAAAAAUGGACAUUUUGCCAAAAAAGGCUUCUGUGAAGUCCAAAAUUCCCGAAAAUAAUUCAGCACCAAAUGAUGAUACACCAAAUAUAUUUGGAAGAUCUGGGCAGAUAAACAUCGAUACUGGAAAUGAUUUUGAUAAGGCUAAUUUGAGGUCAAGACGAAGCAUGUUUUCGACAAAUAUUAAUAGUCCUGAAGAUUUGUUUCUUAAGCACGAUUCACCACAUAAACCAGUUAUACCUAAGAAAAAGCAGAGCUUGGUUUCUAUCGUUGUGAAGAAAUGUGAAGCGUACAUCUUGUCAUUAGUGCGUAAAUUUGGAAAGCAGUUAAAAGAAUAUAUUCUAAACCAACGAAAGAAGAGUGUGUUUUUGCAAAAGGUGGAUCGAUUUAUUACUAAAGAUAAAAUGAUUUGGGGAUCGUACCGAAAAGAAGCAGACAGAAGAAUUCCAGACAAGAUCAUUGUUGGUAAUGCGAUAAUUGUGAUUUCUGAGAUGUUACUUCAUGCCAAAAGUGAGGACAAGAAGAACAGAGUCGAAAGUACAUUAACGGAGGUGCUUACAAUAUUGACUAGCAUAUAUAAGUCGACAUCAUUAUUUUUGGAUCAUCCUCCAGUUGCUCCUAAAAGUAUAAAAGAAAAGGAGCACAAUAGUAUUAAGGAAAUCAACGAUUUAGCGAUUUCCUACUUUUUCAAGAUAGUUGUCUUUUACAACUCUUCUUUAAAUGAUCUCAUAUUGGGACCAGAUACAUUUAAGUUAGCUAAGUGGUGUACGGAUAUGGCACUUGAAGAGCAAAAGUCCCGGGGCUUUACAGAAAUAUGA